AUUUUUCCUUGGAGAAGCUGAUUUCCUUUGGCAAGAGGGGAAAGGUGGAGAAAAUGAGGCCAAGUCUGCGAUUUUUCUUCGCUGGUUUUCUAUCGCUGAUCCUGCAGAUGGGGCUUUGCUAUGGGAUAAAAUGGAUAGCUCUGUCCAAGACCCCUUCGGCUCUGGCCCUGAACCAGACCCAGCACUGCAAGCAGCUGGAGGGCCUGGUGGUGUCCCAGGUGCAGCUGUGCCGCAGCAACCUGGAGCUGAUGCAGACCAUCAUCCAGGCGGCACGGGAGGUCAUCAAGACCUGCCGCAAAACCUUCUCGGACAUGCGCUGGAACUGCUCCUCCAUUGAGCUGGCUCCCAACUACCUGCUGGACCUAGAGAGAGGCACAAGGGAGUCAGCUUUUGUGUAUGCCCUUUCUGCUGCUGCCAUCAGCCACACCAUUGCUAGAGCCUGCACCACCGGGGACCUCCCUGGCUGUUCCUGUGGUCCCAUCCCAGGUGAGACACCUGGACCUGGGUAUCGAUGGGGAGGAUGUGCAGACAACCUCAACUAUGGUCUUAUCAUGGGGUCCAAAUUUUCAGAUGCUCCCAUGAAGAUGAAAAAAUCAGGAUCACAAGCCAAUAAACUGAUGCAUCUGCACAACAGUGAAGUAGGGAGACAGGUCUUGAAAGCCUCUCUUGAAAUGAAAUGUAAGUGCCAUGGAGUUUCUGGGUCAUGCUCUAUCAAGACCUGUUGGAAAGGCCUUCAAGAGCUGCGAGACAUUGCACUGGACCUCAAAAACAAGUAUUUAUCUGCCACCAAGGUCGUUCAUCGGCCCAUGGGCACACGCAAAUACCUCGUGCCAAAGGAUAUUGAUGUCAGGCCAGUUAAGGAGACAGAGCUGAUUUACCUGCAGAGCUCGCCUGAUUUCUGCAUGAAGAACGAGAAAGUGGGGUCACAUGGCACCCAGGACAGACAAUGCAACAAGACUUCCAAUGGGAGUGACAGCUGCGACCUGAUGUGCUGUGGCAGAGGGUACAACCCCUACAUGGACAAAGUGGUGGAGAGGUGCCACUGCAAGUACCACUGGUGCUGCUACGUGACCUGCAAGAAGUGCGAGAGGACUGUCGAGAGAUAUGUGUGCAAAUGAACACCCUCCCCUGCCCCCCAGAGCUGAGACAGCAGCACCAGCACUACCCAGAGAACAGAAAACAUUGCUUGGCCAGAGGUCAUUUAUCUUGCAAAGACACAGACUUGAGGGAAGCUGGCAGAAGGAAAAGCAAGCAAUCUCACCAGUAAGAAUAAGACCCUCAAAAAAACCCCCAAAACCAAAAAAGCAACAAACCCACAAAUGUUUUCCCCCAUCAAUAAAAUGCUCUCUGAGAAGACGAAGCCUCAUUUGGGAUGGUACCUCCUUCACAAAUAUUUCCUGUGGUUGCCAGUGAUGUCCAGCCAUCGAGUGCCUCAGUUUUCUAAGAAACAAAAGUAGAAACUUUCCCCAGGGGAAGAAAAGCAACUCCUGUUUGACAAUAACUGCCUGUGCCUUCCAGCACAGGUACUUAGUCUCCAUUGGGACCAUCCCAGAAGGGAAAACACUACAACUUUUCAGCAAUAACUUUGUUACCAGAGACUUAAUUUUUAGCAGGGAAUUAUCCACUCUGAAUGAUAAAGGUGGAAAGAUUUCAGGUCAAUCCCCUGAAAGGAACAACUCAUUUUAACCUUCUUUUUACACAGGUCUGCGACUUUGAAGUUGCUGCUGCAGGAAAAGCUGUCCUUGAUUUGUCCAGGCUGGAUGGGUGUUCAAAUUCAGCCAUGAAAAAUGUCCCCUGGGACUGGGAGCCCCUGGAGGCAGGGAGUGUAGGGCAGCCUCAGAAGGACUUUUUGGGGCCCAUGAGACAGUAGUGGGGCUGUUAGGAUACAAUAACAAAAGUAAAGUCAGAAUCCAGCAGGAAAGGAAGACAAAAAGCAAGCCUCUGCUCUCUUUCUGUUUGCCCUUUGGGUGUGAUACCCUUAGUCACUGACAUUGUCCCACCCUGGGCCAUCGAGUCCUUGGGGAAAUGUGCCACUGGCUCUUUUCCCUCAGCAAAACUGUUGGUCCAACCCCGAGAACCCGUGGAGAGUGGAGCAGUCCUGGCUGCAGGGAGGGCAGCCCUGGAGGGCAGCAGCCAUUCCCAGCAGAAGGGAGUGGGAAUGUGUCAGUCCUUCCCGUGGCCCUGCCCUGGCACAGCAGAGAACCACUACCUGUGGCUGUAAAUAUUUCCUUUUGUACGCCGAUAUACAGAAAUAUUUAUAUCUCGUGCUUUCCUCUACUCUACUCCCUACAUAAACAUAUCUAUAUACUAUAAACAAGCAUUACCCAUAGUAUGAAAUAAAUGCUGAAGUUACUGGUGCAGCAGCAGAAUGUUAGAUGAUUAAGUUUCCUGCUUGGAAAGCAGCUCUGAUUUUCCUCCAAGGGAUAGGAGAAGAGCAAGGCUCGAGGCACUUGCUGGCGUGGGAUAGAGAAGUUCCUUUAUUCCCUGCCUCCCCUGCCUCUUCAUUCAGAGCAGAAUUAGCCAAGAUACAGUCAAGACAAUGAAACUGAGCAUGGGGAGAAGGGAAGAGUCACCGUCGUUGUUUUGCUAUUUUAUCAGUGAUCCCUCUCAUUGGGAAUGUUUCCCAGUGCCCCCGAGGAGCUUAAUAACAAACAGGACUAAUUCCUCCCCUGGGGGUUUGCUCCUGGCUCCUGCAUAUGGACAGGGGUUGCUGAGCAGGGGAGGUUCUGGCUUAGGUUUGGUUCCCUUCUUUACUCUGUUUUUUCUUUGCAGUGGGCAUCCAGCUCUGUGUCCCACUGAGGAAAGAUGACCUUGGGGAAGGAUGCUGCUCCAGGAGCCAGUGAUGGCCUUCACAUCAUUCCCCAGGCAAAAUGCUGUAAGCAGCCAAAAAAUCCCUCCUGCAAGAAUGCAGGAGGACACUGGCACUUUCCUAGGGGCAAAUGUGGCAGUAACACCGCAACCUUUCUCCAAGCUCUCUUUUUUUCCCUCCUCAGCCAUUCCCUAGGGGCCAACUGCCUCUGACAUGUCUGUGGAGCAGCCCUGGGGAGCUGGAGGAGAAAAGCAGCAAGGGCUGUCAGGGCAAAAUUAAAGAGAUUCUGUUCUCCUCAGCUCCUUUGCUUUGCUGUGAUGGGUUUGGUCUCCUGGCCCCCUUCCCUCCCCCAGCCAUGAGCAGGCAAAGAGGGGCCUUGGGUGGUUUGUCAGUGGUUUGUGUUAUUGUCACCCCAUAAAAGCUGGUGGACUAAACGUCUCUGCAGUGCAGUGUGAUGAGUGCUGGGUGUCUCUGGGCUGACAUGCAGACAGGCUGGUGGCACAAAUCCCACUGCUCUCCAGCACUAGGAUCUGGCUUCCUUUGAUUCGUAAAGAAAUGGUCUACUCUCGUUCUUUUGAGGAAUUUUAUUUUUGUUUCCAGUUUCUGAUGAAGCCAACAAGGCAGGGAUGUUCUGACCAAAGAAAAAUUUGAGCAUUUCAAUGCUAUUCUGUAAUGAGUCUUUUUCUUGCUCCCUUGCUGAUGUCCUGAGUCUGUUGCUUUGUGAAAAAACAAUAAAAAGGAAGAAAUGCUCUGUAGGUACAUUUUUUCAGCCGCAUUUCACUCCUCCCAUGUCAGACCUGUGAUCCUCAAGUGGCUUUCUCAUGUCAGAAGAAAUUGCCACUUGGCAGAGCAUUAGAGGGAGGGUGUGAUGUGCAGGUCCAGCAGGUGGGACAGGGACCUGCAGCAGAACCUCAUCCCUGGGGUACCUCAUGCCUUGUGCCUGUUCUGGAGAUGCUGACCUGAGGUGGCUGAAGUGUUUGGAGGUUCCAAAUCUCUGCUGUCUUUAGACAAUCCAUCCUGGGCUUCAUCUGAAUUUUGCUGCUUUGGGAAAAGAGCCUGUGUGGCCCCAGCCCAUGGUUUAAGCUGUUG